ACCACCAUGGCGCCCCGCAGCUAUUCCAAGACGUACAGCGUCCCCCGUCGUCCCUUCGAGUCCGCUCGUCUGGAUACUGAGCUCAAGCUCGUCGGCGAGUAUGGUCUGCGCAACAAGCGCGAGGUCUGGCGUGUCCAGUUGACUCUGUCCAAGAUCCGUCGUGCUGCCCGUUCGCUCUUGACCCUCGACGAGAAGGACCCCAAGCGCCUCUUUGAGGGUAACGCUCUUAUCCGUCGUCUUGUGCGCGUCGGUGUGCUCGACGAGUCCCGCAUGAAGCUCGAUUACGUGCUUGCCCUCAAGAUUGAGGAUUUCUUGGAGCGCCGCCUCCAGACCUGCGUGUACAAGCUCGGUCUUGCCAAGUCCAUCCACCACGCCCGUGUCCUCAUCCGCCAGCGUCACAUCCGUGUCGGCAAGCAGAUCGUCAAUGUUCCCUCCUUCAUCGUCCGUCUCGACUCCCAGAAGCACAUUGACUUCGCUUUGACCUCGCCCUUCGGUGGAGGCCGCCCCGGCCGUGUGAGGAGAAAGAAGGCCAAGGCCGCCGAGAAGGGUGGUGACGACGAUGCUGGUGACGAGGACGAGGAGUAGAUCAU